CGUUUUCUGCUAGCUUUCUCUCUCUUCUCCCCCCUUCCCUCCUCUCUCUCUUCGAUUCCCCUUUCCCCCCCUCACCCACCCACCUCCACGCCCCCGCCGCCGGCCGGCCGGCCGGAACCCUAGCUCCGGCGAGCCCCUCCCACCCCCCGGCCCCGGGCCUGGCUCCACCCGACGCCGCGCCCCUCGAUCGGGUCCCUUGCGGGGGACCGCGGCGUCGAGGAGGGCGAUCGCGAGAUCGGGGGAGGUUGCUGCUGCUGCUGGGCGGGUGGGCGGAGGGGAGGGGGUGAGGGCUGCCAUGGCGGGGAGUGGGAGGCCGCCGGCGGCGCAGAAGAAGAUCCUGCAGUCGCUGCGCCCGCCGCUGCCGUUCGCCGCCUCGUCGAGGUCGCCCUUCGCGGCGCCCAACGACUACCACCGCUUCCCCGCUGGUGGCGCGGCGGCGGCGGCGGCGUCUGGUUCGGGUGGCAUCGGCGCGGGCGGUGCUGGCGGCGGCGGCGAUAUCGAGGAGGGGCUGGUCAUCCGGACGCCGCAAAAAAGAAAAGCACCAGAAGAAAGUGAUGUUGCUGAGUCUAGCGACUGUAUGAUUACUAGCCCUGGAUUUGCUGUCAGUCCAAUGCUCACUCCAGUCUCUGGGAAAGCUGUUAAGACUUCCAAGUCAAAGACUAAGAACAACAAAGCUGGGCCUCAGACACCUACAUCAAAUGUUGGUUCACCACUUAAUCCCCCAACUCCUGUUGGUACAUGCCGUUAUGACAGUUCGUUAGGGCUUCUCACAAAGAAGUUCAUAAAUUUGCUGAAGCAGGCUCCGGAUGGCAUUCUAGAUUUGAAUAAUGCUGCAGAAACACUAGAGGUUCAAAAACGGCGUAUAUAUGAUAUUACCAAUGUACUUGAAGGAAUAGGGUUGAUUGAAAAGACACUCAAGAACAGAAUCCGUUGGAAGGGCUUGGAUGAUUCAGGAGUGGAAUUAGAUAAUGGUCUUUCAGCUUUGCAGGCAGAAGUUGAAAAUCUUAGUCUGAAGGAGCAAGCAUUAGAUGAGCGCAUAAGUGAUAUGCGUGAAAAACUAAGAGGUUUAACUGAAGAUGAAAACAAUCAAAGAUGGCUCUAUGUGACAGAAGAUGAUAUCAAGGGAUUACCCUGCUUUCAGAAUGAAACACUAAUUGCAAUAAAAGCUCCUCAUGGCACUACACUUGAAGUCCCAGAUCCUGACGAGGCUGGUGAUUAUCUCCAGAGAAGAUAUAGAAUCGUAUUAAGAAGUACAAUGGGCCCAAUAGAUGUCUACUUAGUUAGUCAAUUUGAUGAGAAAUUUGAGGACUUGGGUGGGGGUGCAACACCAUCAGGGCAUGCAAAUGUACCAAAACAUCAACCUACUGAAGUCUUCAAUACAACAAAUGCUGGGGUUGGGCAAUGUAGCAACUCAGUUGCUGUGGACAAUAAUAUUCAGCACAGCCAGACGAUUCCUCAGGAUCCUAGUGCUUCACAUGAUUUUGGAGGAAUGACAAGGAUUAUCCCUUCAGAUAUUGAUACUGAUGCUGAUUACUGGCUCAUAUCAGAAGGGGAUGUCAGCAUUACUGAUAUGUGGAAAACAGCACCAGAUGUGCAGUGGGAUGAGAGCCUGGAUACGGAUGUCUUCCUAUCUGAAGACGUUAGAACGCCAAGUUCACACAAUCAGCAGCCAUCUGCAGUGGGCGGGCCACAGAUGCAGGUCUCAGACAUGCAUAAACCCUAGGAUCACAGGGGUUACAGAAGUGAAAAGAUGACAUCUGGAAUUCCUGGAGCGGUGUUUGUAGUGAAAAGUGAAAGCAUGACAGCAAAUGCUCAUUGCCAAAUUGUAAAGAGCCGGGUGGUCUUCAUCAGAAUAUCUGCAUCUUCUCGAGACACCAAGUCCGUGCGAGAGAUCAGGAUGACACCAUUCCGGAUUCACAUCUGCUGUGGAGGCUGGUGGCGUCAACUAACUUACCAGCCUGCUGUUUCAGCACCCUGCUUCAGUCGAACGGGAGUAAAUCUUGCUGCUGCUUUCGCUGUGAAGCCUGCUGCGGUGCUCAUUAAGGCACUGAUAUAUUUUUUGCAUUCAAAACUAACUAGUCAUCAGCAAGGAAACGGUGGGCUUUGCUGUGCUCUGUCGAGUAUUCUUUGAAAAUUCUUUGUACAUUGGGAGGUAUAAGGGCAUGCAGGGCUCGAGUUAUUGGUUUGACGGGAGCAAUGAGCUGAGUUAAUGAUGUAACCGAGCCGUCUUUGUAAAUUGUUCCAUGCUCUUCCUCAAAUACAAUGGAUAGACUUUCAUUUUGAGAUAUGAUGCUUCAGUAGUCAUUUGCUAGUCACCAUGGAGUGAUGUGAUAUCUUUGCUACUGGUAUGAACCUCAAAAUGAUACUCGCCGUUAAUUUU